AUGUUCUGCAAAGGCAUACACGUGCGUACCUUUAAUAGGUAUUGUACCUCAGCUGCCAGCUGUAAGAAAAAACAGAAAGACUGUUUUGCAACCACCAUUGGCACUACAAAACAUUUCAAAGCUUCCAGGUUUGGCUGGUUUUUUGAGUCAUGCCCUGGCUGCAGAGCUUCUAACAAGUCACAAGGUGAAACUUUUGAAUGUGCAUGCGGAAUUACCAAUGUCGAACCCGUAACCAAAUUCAAAGUUGAAGUUGAGCUUGAGUAUGAUAACUACAAUGGUACCUUUGUUUUUUGGGACAAGGACGUUAUCCCUUACACGAAAUUGAGUGCAAAGGAGUUAAGAGAAGUUAUGAAGCAGGCUGGUGAAGAUAACCCAAAGAUUUGGCCUGUUCACCUUGAUGUGUUGUUGAACAAACAAAUGGUUUUCCGUGUCAAAUAUCAAUCGAGUUUCGAGCAAUUCUCUAUCGUCACAAUACUUAACGAGGACAACCUUUUCAACACUUUUGACAGCCACCUCUGCCCAAAUGAGGUUUUAUAUGAACUUAUAUAAUUGAACACUUAAACUUAAAUGUUUGGCAUAAACCUCAAUUUUAAGUAAGUCUUAUUUUUUACAGCUUACUUCAAAUGUUGCUGUUAUGGAUAAUGAAGCCAACACUCCUACUGAUCAUCCAAUUCAACCAAUUGUUACACAGUCUGAAGAACUAGAGCUAACUGCACAACCAUCCUUGGUUGCAAACCGUUCAGGGAGCCCAACUGCAAGCUCUAGCUCCACUCCUGCCAAGCGUGUUGCUGCAUCAACCAGUGUAACUGAACCCAUUCUGGCUGAAGAACUGACCCCUAAGCAAUCUGCUACGAAGGCCAAGUCUGGGAAGAAAAUCAAACAUAUCAAGAAGGAGUAAUU